AUGGCUACCCCGCCCGUCAGCCGCGACGAAUUUGAGGUGGCUCUGGUAUGUUCACUGCCACUUGAAUACGAUGCUGUCUCGCUACUUUUUGACCAAUUUUGGGACGAAAACGGCGAUCGAUAUGGCAGGGCCAUCGGAGACCCAAACACUUACACCACCGGACGCUUUGGAAACUUCGAUGUCGUCCUCGUCCUGUUACCAAAUACGGGGCAAGUUAGUGCGGCUAGUGCUACGGCAAGCCUCCGAUCGAGCUAUCCAGGGCUAAGGCUCGUAAUCUUGACGGGGAUCUGCGGGGCCGUGCCUAGCUCUGCCGCCGGUGAUGAGAUCCUUCUUGGUGAUGUGAUCAUCAGCAAGACCGUGGUGCAAUACGAUUACGGCACGCAAUACCCCGAUAACUUUGUGGCAAAGGAUACGACAGAAGAUAGCUUGGGAAGGCCGGACAAGAAUAUCCGCAGUCUGGUUGCGGUUCUCGAAACAGCCCGCGAACGAGAGCGAAUCGAGGAACGGGCUGCCGUUCUCCUCGAACAAAUGCAAGAUCUUGUCGCCAAAAAGCCUCGCCGUCGCAACGCAGAUACCUACCAGUAUCCCGGAGCCGCCAGUGAUAAGCUAUUCGAGUCAGAGUAUCGCCAUAAACACCGCAAUUCGCCACAAUGCCUCUGCGAACAGUCUCACAAAUACUGGCAUCCUGUAUGCGAAAAAUCUCGAGAUCUAGCUUGCGAUAUACUCGGGUGCGAUGACAAACAUGUUAUAAGGCGACAGCGUCUAGGAAUAACCCUCCAGAAAGGCGGCAGUAAAGGAAAUCGAAUUCCAUCCGUCUUCAUCGGUCGUUUUGGCUCAAGUGACAAAAUACUCAGCUCUGGCGAGCAUCGCGAUCGGAUUGCCAAGCAUUAUGGUAUCCUGGCCUUCGAUACGGAGGGUGCUGGAGUCUGGGACGAGCUUCCGUGCAUUAUUGUCAAAGUGGCCUGCAACUACGCAGACAGCCACACGGACAAUCGUUGGCAGAACUUUGCGGCUGCGACUGCUGCAUCUGUCUCCAAGAGUCUUGUGGAAAGGUAUACAAAAACAGAC